GCAUUUUAAAGCCGUGUUUUUUUGCGUUCGUUUAAGUGUGUGUGUGUAUCGUCGUUUUACCGUUACAAUUUACGAAAACCGAAAAUAAAGUGAAACUAGUGAUAAUACAAAUAAAUGCCAAUAAUAAUUAAUGGUUAAGCAUAGCAAGCAAAUUAGUGUUCAUUAAUUGCAGAAAAAAAAACCAAAAAAGUUUUUUGCUCCGCUUCUUUAAGCUCUUUCGUUGAGCAGAAAACAACAACCGAAAAACAGCAAAGACCCCAAGAGCCGUCGGCUUUUUCCAACUGGGAAUUUUCUUAUCAGAAGCAGAAGCAACGAUUAUGGCAAAGGAUCCGGCCUCAUCUCGCAUUCCCCGUCUGGACGGCAUCUCGCGGGUUCCCAAGCCAAGUAACUUUGGCCUACCCAGCAGUGCUUUUACCACCGCCAACAGAGCAACUAACAGCAGCAACACCACCACCACUCAGCACAUCCGACCACCGAUAAGUGCGCCCAAGGCCACACAGGUUUUUCAGGCACCCGGUGAUCCUGCAAAGCCGCGUCCUGCUAGCUCAUAUGCACCAUCCUCGGCCGCUCUGCGGGAUUUGGGCAGCAGCUUGAAGAAAAGCGCCAGCGGGGAGAGAAUAAAUAAUGCAGUGAGUUUGCUGAGCAAGAGGACCACCACCGUCCUGAAAAAGUACUUUAGUCCUAAGUCAGCUCGCAUGAUGUCCGAUCCCACGGAGAUGACGAGCUCUUUGCCAGUGACCCCCCUGCCGGCGGGGAAGCAACGUGGAAUGCUCACGAAUGAUCAGUUUACGAGCAGUACACCCAUGCCACUCCUGAGAUCCGAUACCUUUGUCUGCGAGGAUGAGGAGCAAACGAAUGGCCAGAAAUUGAAGAGCACUUUCCCUCAAACCGUGGGUUUGGACUCGCCGGGCUUGGAUGAAACCAAAGUGUUGGUCAGAGAUGGCACGAGAAUAAUUGAGGAAACUCCCAGGACUAAAAACUCUCCCCUGGCGGACAUCACUCAAAUCCGAAAGCCCACUCAGAUCGGUGGGAUAAAUCACACGGCAAAGUCGACUUUGAGGAAGAUAAGCUCAAUGGAUACCACCCACGAGAUAAGGGCCAGUCUCGAGAUAACUCAAAACAAUGCCACACACGCCAUAAACUCAUCGGGGAUAAUGGGCAGAACAAUGCCAGUGAUUCAGGCCAAGGAUCUAACUAGAACCAUGGCUGGAAAUAGUUCGCCUGUGGGAAAUGUAACAAAAGUUGUUGAGGGAAUUGGAAACACUACCAAGACCUUGGAGAGUGUUGGUAACACUACCAAGACCUUGGAGAGUCUAGGAAACAUCACCGAAACAUUUGGAAAUCUCACAAAAUCGAUUGACCGAGAAUUUAAUCAAACAAAAACUUUCGAGAGAGCAGUAAACUCUACUAAAAUCAUUGAAAGUGGAGCAAAUCUCACUAAAAAUAUGGAUGAUAGAGCUGGAAAUCUCACCAAAAUAAUGAAUGCAGGACAAAAUCUCACCCAAACAAUGGAUGCUGGAUUGAAUCCAAAUAAAACCUUUGAAAAUAGAGCUAAUCUAACGAAAGUUUCGAGUGCUCGUGGGGGAAAUCUAACCAAGAGCGUCAUUGAACCUGGUGACUACACCAAGGUUAUCCACCAUGGAGCGAACCUAACCCAGAGCAUGGAUCAGUUGCCUUUGCUAGAGCACAUAUCGAUGCCAUCCGGCCUGGACACCCUGAGCUACAAGGGUGCCACCUGUCGGGAAGAGGCAAUGCACCAAGAAAUGGACGACACGCUGGACGUGACGUUGACUGCUUUGGCGCCCGAUAAGGCCAACAUGAAGCUGCCAUUGAAUUCCACCCUCAAUACGGAGAGAUUGCUGGAUAUCAGUGGAUUGCAAUCGCCGAUGCAUAUACAGCUGCUAAACUUGACACAGGAAUUGGAGCGGGAUAAUCCGAACAGGACUCAUCGUCAGUCCGGACGCAGAUCGAUACCACAGCACCCGCUCCUCUGCCUAUCCCCACAAUCUGCCACAACAACGCCGCAUGGAAUGCGGAUGAUGGGACAGGCAACUCCACAGCCCGUCCAUCUGCUUUCACCCCUUUUAAAGCAAGCACAAAGUGCUCUGGUUCUGCCCACUCGAACUCCAGACGGGGACAUAGCCAUGGAUGGUCAUAAUGUCAUUGACAAUACUCUGAUAUCCAAUUCGGGUCGGGGCAGAACCCGCUACAGUUUCGGUUUGGAUCUGCCGGAUACAACGCUGGACUGUUCCAUUGAACUGGUGGACAACUCGUUCUCCUCCUCCACCCAACUGCAGCAAUUGCAGCAGCAACUCCUGAAGAAGCAGAGCUCCUUUGAUCUGGAUGAGAGCCUGGGCAUCCUUACGCCCGAUCAGAUGAAGGAUUUCCUCGACUCGCCUCACAACAACCUUAUGCAAAACUUGGAACUGAUCCGAAUGCAUCACCCAAAUCUAAUGCAGCUGCGUAUGGAGCAGACUCCCUCGCCCGAGGAGCUACCUCUGGAUCCCAUCGAGAUCAAGUCGGAGAUUGUCAAGCAGGUGGAGGCGUCCCAGAACCAGGUGACAGCUGCCUCGCAGCAGGCUAAGCUGAGUAAUAGCUUCAUAACCAGCGUGACCAGUGUAACCAGCUUGGACACUGGCUACCAGGGCGACGGCGAGAUGUCGCGACCCGCCUCCCGAGGAGCCUGUGAUCACUCGCCCAGCAAUGGACCCCACUUGGGUCGCGUCAGUCGGCAGCCCAGCUUUCCACCUCCGAAUCCGGCGCCUUUGCGGCGUCAGGACCCAAUGACAGACUCGGACUUUUUUACCGAAUCCGAUGCGGAUGACGUGCUGCAUCGAGGCGAUCGGCGUGCCCAGGUUAUUGAUGGCCAGCUCUAUGGACCCGAUAUGAUGCAGCCGAGUGCCUCGGUGCCCCAGAUGGAGGACUCGUGCAUGGAGUCCUCGGGCAUAUUUACGGACGUGGAGAACCGCUGUGACGAGGAGAUGCGUCAGCCGGAGUUGGAGGUGGAUGUGGAUAUGUCGCCGGAUGACUCCACGCAGACCAUGCGAAAAGGUCAAGGUCAGCCCACUCCCAAUAGCUCCCAGCAGAAUCAGCUGGCACCGCAGCAGCGUCCACCGAGCAGCUGUCUCUCUUCCUCCUCGGCGGCCACCACGCUCUCCAAUCGCACCUCUUACUGCAGCGUCGACGGCGGCAGCGCACGAAGCUUUUGCGACGAAGCUUUCUCAGCAACAGCGACGCCGGCGGCGGCGGCUAAUGCUGGCCGAUCUCCGGCAGCGGUUUCAGUUCAAAAUUCAACUUCGCCGCGUCCACACGCUUCACUGUCGUCGCUCUGUACGGUGGAGAAUUUCCGCGGUUCGGUUUCCUCGAACUCUUCGAUCGCCUCACCCAAAUCCUGCAAAUCGGGCAGCAAAAGCGUUGGCAAAUCGCGCGGUUUGAAAUCGCCAAAAUCACCGCUGAAUCGUAAACAGCACACGCCCAACAAAUGGGAUGCCGUGAUGAAUAAAAUUGCCAGCAACAAGUCCCUGAUCAAGACCAACUACAACGAUGUGAAGUCAAAGGUGUCCAGCACUCGGGUCAUGUCACCGGGUUCGAGUUCGGUUUCCGCUUCGGCCUCGGGUUCGGGUUCGGGUUCCGUGUCCGUUUCCGUUUCCGCUUCCGUUUCGAGUUCGCGCGCCAGUCCUAGCAAUGUGAGUGCCAGUGCCCGGCGUUCGCCUUCGGCCACGCCCAAAGUGCCGCCCAAAGUGCUCCUGGUCAAGCGAUCGAGCAGCAGUAGCCCCUCAACCGCCAAGGCCGCCACCGCCACCGCCACGCCGCACUCGACCCCGCCAACGCGGCAGCCACUGGAUAAAGGCUCUGUUGGCAGUGGGUCGCGUGCCGGCAAGUUGCCCAACUCACCCACCUCAACCACAUCGCCGCCCGCCAAGAGACUGCAGUCGGCGACCCUCGCCAGUCGUAAUCACUCGUACAGCAAAGACAACCACAAGAGUUCGCAUAGCGACCUGAGUUUGUUGUGCAAUGCCACUAGCGGAGUCACUGCCUCAUCAGGACCACCUUCGGCGUCUGUUUCUGGAAGCGGAUCACCGAAACUAGUGGCAAAAACUCCACUGCGAGCUGCCAAAAAGCGGGAUGUGCGCAAUCUGAGCAUAUCGCCAACCGAUCUGGGUCCGCCACCAAAAACACAGCAGACGGCCAAGGGACAAUCCACGCGCACCAAAUCAUCAGCCACGCCCACGCCCACAUCAAUACAUAAACGCUUGAAUGGCACGACACCAACCAGUGCCACCAAUGGCAGCAGCAAUAUUAAAGGAGCGGCCACCAAAGCCGCCGCCGCCGCCACAAUUAAGCAGACACAACAAACAGCCAAACUUAAAUCAAUGACGAUUAUUAAAAGCACCGCCAUUGCCGCCGUUUCCGAGGAAUCCCUGCGUUCUGGCGUGGAUCAAACCGAGCUUCAGGAGCUGAACAAUGGCCCAACGCCGAGCGGAUGCCCAACGCCACCAGCAGCGAGGGACUCGAAACGUUCGUCCAUUGGCAGCGAGUUGCCCUGCGAGACGGAGGCCAAGCUGAAGAAGUGCGAGAAGGAACAGGAAUCCAAGGAGCCUUCCCCGGUAUCCCAGGAGGCAAGCGCUGAUAGCAACCCAGUCACUUUCUCUUGUACAAAUGAGUUUAAACCCAAAUCGGAAGACAUUCAGCCUACUAUCAGCUCGCUUACAAUAAUGCCCGAUCCCUGCAUUGACAUUAUCAACCAGUAUCCUGCCCUGAAACCAUAUACGGAGAAUGGGAUCGUGGACUAUGCCCGCUUGGCCAAGUUAUUUGAGGAAGUCCAGCACGAGCGACUCGAAGAGCACCGCAAACUCAUGGGUCUUGCCGUUCUAGUGCAGUUUAUGUCGCAAAAGCUAGAUACGUUUGGCUGCCAGGAGACCAAAGAGCAGUGUGCCCGAGCCAAGGGAACACUGGAGGAGACGAUUUUAUUGCUGCAACUAAAGCAGAACGACUGCGAGCAGCUGCGCGAGGAACUGCAGGCCAAGGAUCUCGAGUGGGCGCAGCGCCAGCAGGAGCAGGAGCAUCUGCAUCGCACUGAACUGAAGCAAGCCGAAGAGAAAGUAAUGGAGGUACAAAUGCUUGCCAAACAAAGGUUCUGCGAACUUGAAUCCCAACUGCUGGCCAAGGAUGAGGAGAACAAACAGGUGCAACAGGCCUAUCACAAUGAGGUGUCCAACAAGCUAGCCCUCAAGCAGGAACAACUGAGCACGGCUGAACAAAAGAUCCUGGAUCUGGAGGCCCGCCUUCAGAAGUCGGAGACGCAGAAGCAGGAGAUGCAGGAGAAACUCCUGCGCAAGGAGAACUCCCAUGCCAUCCGCCUGUCGGAGGCCAAUCAGCGCGAGCAAGAGCUCAGCGAACGGGUCAAGAGUCUAACCAAGGAGCUGAAUAGUUUGAAGGCCAGCAAGGAGAACAACGAGCGCGACCUGAGGGAUCGCCUGGCACUCUCCCAGGAUGAGAUCUCAGUGCUGCGCACCUCCUCGCAACGCCGAAGUCCCUGCACCAGUCUCCCAGAUACGGCCAGUGCUGAGGUCAGCCGAUUGACCAGCGAGGCCGACAGCCUGCGCUGUGUCCUCGAGCUGAAGCAGGCGGAGAUCUCCGCCCUCAGCAAGGCUCAGGCGGAAUACAUUCGCGAAAGCGAGGAACGCAGCAAGCUGAGCAGCCGCGUUGCACUCCUAGAAGCUCAGAAUGAGAUGAUGCGUACAGAACUGGAAGCCAAAACGGAAAAAGAGAAGGAAUCACAACAAAAGGUAGAAGAACUGGGCAAGUCCGUCGAAUUUGAGAAGAUGAAGCUCACCAAGCUGACGUACGCCAAGGAGGAACUCCAGUACCACCUGAAGCAGCGCUCCGAGCAGCUCCAAGCAGCCGAGAUCAAGAUACACGAACUGUCCAUCAGCUCUCAGGACAACAGCCUGCUGAAUUCCAUGCACAGUCGCUGCUCCUUGGGCCGCAGCAGCCUGGAGUUCUCCGGCACCACAUCUUCGCCCACUUCGCCGGUGAUGAAGGGCAUGAUCGAGCGCAACGACUCGGUCAGCUGGACCCUGGAGAUCGACGACGAAGCGCCGAAAGGUGGGCCCGCCAAGAUUGUGCGGAGAUCGGGCUCUCUAAGGUGUAACAGCGAGCGUUGCGUCAUCCAGAGGCGACAGACUGUGGGUCAAAAUGGUCACUCGAACGGCGCUGGCACCAAUGGCGGCUCUUCGCCGGCUCAUCCCAAUCCUCUAAGCCAGAGCAUGUCGGCCACGACCCUGCUAAGGACUGCUGGCGAGCCAGAGGGACACCCUGUUUCCCGAACUCGAUCUUUCUCUGUGUGCGCCAAGGACUCGGCCUCCAGCUCUGGAGUCUGCGUUUCACCUGCCAUCCGGCGGCCGAGACAAUCGGACGGACUAACACUGCCCGACUGGAAUGAAGAUGGCCCGUUGUGCUCCAGCUCGCCACAGCCACCGUCUUUGGAGGUGCGUCCGCGCAGCUCCACCAUGAAGCUAAUGUCGAAUGAGACCAAGAAGUUCCAGGAGAUCCAGGAGUCCGCCGGCGAGGCCAUGGUCUCAGGUGCCAAUUCCGAGGACGAGAGCUGCUCGACAUCCUCCGAGGAUAUGAUGCGCAGCUCAUCCGCAUCGAGCACUGCUUCGGGGGGAUCGCUAUUCAAGAUUCCCAAGCAGCCGCCAUCUCGGAUGUCCAUCGAGGAGGCCCUACCGUGCACACCGAUGGAGGUUAGCUGGUCAGAGGACGCCGCCGCCGAAGCCAGCGGACUGGCAUGACAUGGUGCCUACGAGGAGCCGAUCGACCAGAUCGGCCACAUAGACCAGAUCGCCGAGGCAGCCGAAGAGGCUUACGAGAGCGAGAACAGCGAUGAUAGCUUUUAAAGCGAGAGCGUGAGAAACCCAUGUUUGUUCAACAAAUACAGUUGCUGAUGGCAGGGAGUCGCCACUGGCCGCGCGGAGGACUCGGAGAUUUAAGGGUGCGAAGCAUAGCUUGGCGUUUUCACUUCUAUAAGAACCCGUAUAUAUACGAACAAAAUAUGUAUCGCUAUUCGUACGUUCUUAAAUUCGUUUGUGUAAAUAUUUGCAUUUUGAACCAGCUCAUUUACUAUAAACAUAAACAAUACUUAUACCAAUUAGUCGAGCACACAGCAAGCGAAGCCGUCACAGCAACAAUUUCGGGGAGGGGGAUAAAAAACAAUAAAAGUAAAGUGAACAUUUUAAAGGGA